GAAAAAAGUUGUGAAUUUAAGAAAAAUAAAAUUAAAAAAAAAAAACGAAUUAUAAAAAUAAAAUAGAAAAUUUAUUUAAUAUAAUCAAAAAUAAUUUUUAUUUUUUUUAUAUUUAACUAAAUAAUAUAAAUGUUUUAAUAAAUAAAACUAUUUUCCAAAUAAAGAAGUAAAACAAAUUUAGUGAAGAUUGAAAACGGAAAAGAAAGCCUCUUAAUAGGAUACUCUUUUAUAGAUUUAUGAUUUAGGACAUAAGGAUUUAAGGAUAUAGUUUUGUUGUUUCCGUAAUCAUUAAUUUCUACAUUCAUUUAUUGAAUUAAUUUUUGUUUUUUUUUUGUAUAAAACAUUCGUAUAGUGUUAUAGUUUUAGUUUUAUGCAUAUACACUUCAAAGUAUAUUUCUACACGUAGAACAAUUAUUAUAUAAUAUAUAGUUAAAAUAAGUUAAUAUUAAAAAAAAUGAGUAAGAAACCGGCAGCAGGGCCAGCUUUACAUAAAGUUAUUAUGGUUGGUAGUGGUGGUGUUGGUAAAUCAGCUUUAACAUUACAAUUUAUGUAUGAUGAAUUUGUAGAAGAUUAUGAACCAACAAAAGCAGAUAGUUAUAGGAAAAGGGUUGUGUUAGAUGGUGAAGAAGUUCAAAUAGAUAUAUUGGAUACAGCUGGACAAGAAGAUUAUGCUGCUAUCAGAGAUAAUUAUUUUCGUAGUGGUGAAGGAUUUUUAUGCGUAUUUUCAAUAACAGAUGAUGAAAGUUUUCAGGCGACACAAGAAUUCAGAGAACAAAUUUUGCGUGUCAAGAAUGAUGAAAGUAUACCAUUCUUGCUGGUUGGUAAUAAAUGUGAUUUAAAUGAUAAACGUAAAGUAGCUUUAAGCGAAUGUCAGUCACGCGCUCAACAAUGGCAAGUUCCUUAUGUAGAAACAUCCGCAAAAACUAGGGAAAAUGUUGACAAGGUGUUUUUUGAUUUGAUGCGUGAAAUAAGAUCACGAAAAACUGAAGAUUCAAAAUCACCAAGUGGUCGAACUAAGAUUAAAGACAAAAGAAAGAAACCCAGAUGUAUAAUUCUGUAGAUAGGUGCAUAACAUUAAAAAAAAAAUCACAUAUAAGAAAAAAAAAUAAAAAAGUAAAAAAAAAAAAUAAACGAUUAUUAAGAAAAUAAUAAAAAAAAAACGUAUACAUUCGUCAUUAUUGUGCAUUGUAAAAACAAAACAAGUAAAAAAUGAAAUUUAUAACAAUAACUAAAAGGGAAUGCAAAUGCAAAACAAAAAUACAUACAUAUGAACAUGUGAAAAACAAAUUUAAAAAACUACCACAAUAGUGUAAAUUACAGCUGCAACUACUAAAAAAACAAAAAAUAAUAAAAAACAUGUUUUCAAAGAUCUGAUUCGAGAAAUUUCAGCAAAAAAAAAGCUCCGUCAAAAUGUUGGAGAAAUGCAAUCAUCAAAUUCCCGUUGCUGCCAACUGUUAUAGACUUAAAUGAACAUCAUUAAAAUAUCAUUCAUCAUUUAAAAAAAAAACAUUGAAACUUAAGAAAGUUCGUAAUUUUUGUAAAAUAUCAAAAAUUAUUUUUAAUUUAUAUUUAAAAGUAAAUGAAAAACAAAAGAAACAUCUGAUAAAAUAAUUUGCUAACUUGUAAAACUUAGAUAUAAAUUAAUAAAUAACUUGUAAAAAACAAAAAAAAAUAAUCGACGACAACUUUCUUUUUGUUUUUAGGAAAUGAAAAUUUUUUCAUUUUUAUUUUUUCGCUUUUGCUAUAUAUUUAAAAAUGUAGAUUUAUCUAAAACAAAAAAAAUCGUUUAGAAUUAAUUUUUUGUAUAUCAAAAACAUUUAAAUUAUUAAAAAAAUAUAAAUUUUAAGGACGAAAUACAAUAACGCAAAAAUAUGAUAUGUAAGUUAAUUUUUUUUUUUGAAAAUUUAAGCAUGAAAUACACUUGUUCAUAGCAUUACAAUUGUAAAAAUUAUGCAACAUAUUUCAUUAGAAUUAAAACCACUUCAAAUAUUGUCUGCCAUUAAAAAAUAAUGUCAUUUUUAAUAUGUAGGUAUGUACUUGAUCAGACACAAAUUGUAUGAUCUUUUUUAAAUUAUACUUUGGAGUACAAAAAAUUUAAUUUAUUUAAAAGUUUUACUUCUUAAGAUUUCUCUUAAUUAAGUAACACUUAAUUAAAUUGAAAACUAAUUAGAUUUUUCUUUCUACUUAAAUUCUUGGAACGAUUAUUUCAACUA